CAGUAUUUAACAUUUCAGCCUGGCAUUUUUGAUGGUUUACGACGGUUUCUCUACUUUUCAAAUUCGCUACGUUCAAGUUCGCUACCUACAUAUUUUCGUCUCGCUGCUUAUUGGCAAAGUCCAAAACUUGCACCCUCGGAGGGGCAAGCUUAAAAGAACGAGAAAUGUAUUAAAAGAUUUUUUCCUAGAGCGAUUAAGGGGAUAUUUUCAGUAUUUUACAGAAAGUAUAUAUGAUAUGUAGGGAAUUUGUUGCGAACUAGGACGUAGCGAACUCGACAAGUAGCGAAACCGGUUGUUAUCUUUUUAGUGAGCACAAUACUUUGUGCUGUCAUGUAGCAAAUACAAAGGAGGGCGUUUUAGCAAAACAUUUGUUUCUAAACAAACUGUGAGUGAUACAGGCUGUGCCUUGCAGCUUGUCAAUAAGAAGAAACAAAUUGAACGUUUUCAAAGGUUGAUUUUCGUUGUUCAACGAGUUUGAACUUGUUGAACGGAAUGUAGACCAUCUACUCCCGUUUAUUAACACCGUUCGAAUGUAGCAGCACCAUUUUAACAUAAUGUGAAACUUGCCGUUUUGUAUCUAGAUGUGCCUUCUUAGUACUUCAAAUGUGAAAACGAAUUUUUGAGUUAAACGUUGAGAGUUUGAGACAUUUCUAUAUUGUAUUCCAAUAUAAAUAAGAGAUGACCAAUUUCUCGUUCAGGCCUUAACAGAAUUUUAACCACAAGAUUGUUCAAAAACGAGGAAAUAGCGCCGACCUCGUAAAAUCAAAAUAGAUUGUGUUAAUUUUUAAAACAGUGCUUCAUUUAAACAUUGAAUUUCCCAUCAUUUUAAAUCCAAUUUAAUGAAUUACACUGUCCGAUUAAUCUUUGGUAGAUAACUAGAAAUUUUCCCCUCUUUUGAGAUUAAGUUAAUAAUUGACGGUGUGCAAUUCAUCGUAUAUUUUCAUCAGUUUCCUUGGUUAUUAUCAACGAAAUUCCCGCAAAUAAUUUAUUGAACACUUUUGAUACUUAAGCCAAUGGCGAUUUUAGUUUAAAGAUAAUAGGAAGAAAGGAACAGUACUUUUAGUCUCAUUAACUUUGCCGCAUAGCGCAACUCAGGUGUUUCUUACGAAACUAUAUUUUCACACCGUGUCGAUUAGAUUCCUUCACUGCUUCAAAUUUCGACAGAAUAAUUAUUGUUAAUUGCUGUAAAAUUUCUUGUUAAUGGCUUCAUCUAAAAGAAUAGACAGUACGCCAGCUGGAGUUAAUCGACAUUUAUUUCUCCGGUGGAACAAACUUCAAGUGAAUGUAAUGGAAGAUCCUAGUUUUCGAGUCGUUCCAACUGUUGAAACAGUCCCCAAGGUUACGAGUCAAGCGCGACUAAUUUGGGGCGCCAAAAAUAGAGUCUUGAACGCUCAAAAGGAAUUAGAUGAAAAGUCAAAAACAAGCGAAAUCCAAGAAAAAGAUGUUCAUACAACAGUAAAAAGAGUGAUGGAUGCCCAGAGUGGAAAAUCCAACCCGUUGGAGUACUUUAAGCAGCAUCGUUUUGACGAAGAAGUCGAUUUGAAUGGUUGGCAUCUUGGGCCAGUAACCUCGCGUGAAAUUGCAACCGAGUAUUUUUCUUCCUCGACUAUUGUACGCUUGUUCCUUGCCAAUAACCGUCUCGGUAAUGAAGGGGGAAAAGCUGUUGCCAAAGGCCUGGAGACGAAUCUUUCUAUGAGAGAGCUUGAUUUGUCUGGAAAUGUGCUUGGACAAAGUGCAAUUUCCGCUAUUGGUGAGAUGCUAAACAAGAACGAAACUUUACAAAAGUUGAAUCUCUCAAGAAACGAUUUAACUGACCAAGAUGUUGAGUUUCUUCUUCAUUCUCUUUGCCUUAAAAGUGGUUUAGAAGAUUUAGACUUAUCUCAUAACAUUUUAUGCGAUCAAUUUGCAGAACAGAUGUCGGUCGUUUUAGAGAAAAACUUUGUUCUUGAAAAGCUUUCCAUCAGUUCUAAUCAGUUGGAAGUAUCGGGCUUGCAAGCCAUGUCGCCCGGUUUACGAAAUAGCGCAACUCUUCGUACCUUAAACAUUUCUUGGAAUUACUUAUAUGACGUAGGAGCUGAAAUUCUUGGUGAAGUGAUGGCUCAAAACCAAAGUCUUAUCGAAAUUUCAGCCUGUGGGAAUCUAUUUACAACUCAAGCUGCAAGCUUCCUUCCCAAAGGGGUUAUUAAUAACUCCAACUUGAAAGUUCUUCGUAUAGGUCAGAAUUUGAUAAGAAAUUCCGGUGCCCAUGAAUUUUUAAAUGUUUUAUCUGUCAGUGACGCACCAUCCACCGUCUUGGAAGUCUUAGAUAUAAAUGGAACUGUUGUUGAUAAGAAGUUUCAAAAACGGGUUGAGACGGAGUUAUGCGAGAGAUUUCCUUCUUUGAACGUUGUCAAUUUUUCGCUUGUUGACAACAUAAAUACCAAGCUUGAACCUGUUGAGAAAAAAGCUCAGGUUAAGAUGUAAAAAAAAAAGUUUUUCCACCGAAAUUUGAAAAACCACUAUGUAUUAAAAUAUUGAUAAAACAAGAUAAGACUGUGAGGUGAUUAGAGUAAGAAAUUUAAUAUUUUGCCGUUUAAAUGUAAUUUUAUCCUGUUAGGUUAUAUUAAUGAGUACGGUACAAAGUUUUUUCAUUGCCUGGAGUGAAAAAGUAUGCGUCUACUUAAGUGUUUUAAAAUUAUAUUCAUGAAAACAUCGUAAUGAACCAGAUAGUCCGGUAUUUGUACCAACUGGUAGGCCUUUUGCAUUAGUUGAUCACGUUAUCAACUUGCGGUAAACACUAAAACAGUUCGCUUUUGAAAAAUUUUGUUAGCACAAGCUGAAAGAGCAUAUUAAAAUUAGCUAACCUGUAAGUUUUUCAGAGACUGCAACGGCCGCCGGAAAUUAGAAGGAUUUGUAUGAGAAAAACAACUCUUGCCACCCAGUCACGCUUGGGUGGUUUUCGAUGCGACUCCUUGUAAAUUCUGAAACGAAAUAUUUCACGACAGUUUGAAAAUCUCGAAAUUUGCAAGGAUUUGUAUGGAAGCGUGAUUGGGUGGCAAAAGUUGUUUUUCUCAUACAAAUCCUUCGAAUUUUCGGCGGCCGUUACAAUCGCUACUUUUGAGACAUACGGCUGAAAAUUUACAGGUUACCUAAGUUUAAUAUACUCUUCCAGCUCGUGCUAACAAAAUUUUUCAAAAGCGAACUGUUUUCGUGUUUACCGAAAGUUGAUCACAUGAUCAACUAAUGCAAAAGGCCUACUGUUCAGCUGCUGGCUACCACAAGAAGCAUUUACCAUAGAUGUUACAAACGUAAAUAUACAUCUAAAUCAUUUUCUAUCAAGCACGUUCUUGAAAAGCAGGAUAGAAAAGUAUUUCGUAAGGUAUCUGGCAUAGACCAACACCCUCUAAGGGGACUAUUACCCAAGGAGAAAGUAUCGACUUACAAUUUAAGGAAUCGAACAAGUCAGUAUCCGAAAGUUAAUACAGAUAGAUUCAAGAACUCUUACAUUAAUCGCUUAAUUUUUAAAUACAAUUUAGUUAUGUGCGCGUAUUUAUUUUUUAUUUUUUUUAUUUUUUUAUUGUAAAUAACUUAAAUAUAUAUACUUUUACUCAAAUAUUGUAACAUAAGAUAUGUAUUUUUUAUCUUGUGUGGAAAUAAAGACUAUUAUUAUUAUUAUUAUUAUUAUUAUUAUUAUUAUUAUUAUUAUAAAUGGUCGGUCUUGUUUACUACGCCUUGUGAUUGGCUGAUAUAUUUUCGCGCCAUUUUGUCAACAAAUCUGGUGUAAAACGAUUAAAACUUGACUGCUGCACGCACUUUCCCGCGCUCAAGUUUGUUUUGUUUGUUUGAUUCGCCACAUACACAGAUAUUUGACGGAUAAUAAAAAAAUUAAAUUAAGCCAAAGCAAAAACAGUAACUAGAGAGGCAGGAGUGCCGAAAAUGUUGUGGCCAAUUAUCGCGGACCUGUGGAAAUUCAUGAGAGAGAUUUCAAUCUCUGGAGAUCUAAAAUCUGGAGAUUUUCUCUUUCGCAGUAACUCUCCCACCCACCCACAUUUAUACCAAUCGACCCAGUCCCAAAAUUUGUUUUUAUGGGCAUAGAUCAGGCCGUUAAACGAGUCUUAAUUGAGGUACACAGGGUUCUGAUUGAAUUAAACAAAUUUUCAACCAAUCAGAUGCAAUAUCCAGAUCUAGGUAGUGACACGUCAUCAGUAUGGCUUUCUGCGCUCGUUUCUCUGACGUAAUUUCGCGGGAAAACCAGUGGUGGCGUCGCGAAUUCGCGUCUGUUUUCUUAGGCUACAGUGAGUCAGUUAAUGACAAGUUCGUCGUUUGUCCUAGAUUAAGUUCGUCUGACUGAGUUUGGAUCGACAUGUGCGUUCUAUCCGUCUGCUUCAAACGGAUAGAUGGCAUUAAGAUGCUGCGAUUUAUUUCGGUAGAACUAUAUGGAGCAGUUCGCGUCGAGAAAACGAUAAGUGCCCUUUACAAACGGAUUUCUGCAACGGGGGAGAGGGGAGGGGGGGAGGGGGAUGGCUUCCACCUUUUAUUUCGAUUGUAUACUUUUUCGCGCCAUGUUUUUUUUCUUUCCAACUGAGUGUUCAAGAUUUGAUCCAGCAGUCGAACUAAGCUAAAUUAAUGUCGACUCAAAUGACAUUUUGGUUCCUCUCGUGAAAAAUUGGACGUUUUGGCCGUGGCCUAAGCAAAGAAUAUUGUAGUUCCAGUGAGACCUUAAACUGCUUGACUCUUUGUUUUUAAUUGUGUGGUUAAAAGUUACGCCUGUUGCUCCAGUCUAAAUGUCCCCAUUUUCUUUUCUCGAGUACCCAGCUAGUCGAAACUACUUGAUUUGCCUCUGCUCUUGCGCCGUUCAAUUUUUGACUCCUUUUCUUUCCUUUAUGCUUUUCAGAAUGUCAAAUUAUACUUUAGGCUUAACAGUGGCUGGUGUAAGGUAGGUGAAGAUCUUAUACCAUAUUCCUGAUAGUUAACAAAUAAAAAAAUGAACUGCUGGGUAUGUAAUAUGUUAUUUAUCGUUGUUUACCAAUUACAUGGCCAAACCGGUCGGUUCACCGUUUGGGCAAAUGGUUAGCGAUAUUAAAUUUCGUCACGGAAUCGCUUUUACCAUCGGUACAAAUGAGUUCCAUUUACCGAAAAACGGCCGCGAAGGCCUGACACGAGAUGCAAUGUCACAAGUGGAACACGAAUUUCCGUUUGGAACAUUCCGUCCGGAAAACAGGACAAUACCUUUGUAGUUGUUCUUUCUCCCGGAAAUUUUCCACUGGAACGAUCCAAAAAGUCUUAAUCCAUUGGCUUUCCAACCGGAUUUUCCUUAAACUUUUAGAAAAUGCUAAAUAACGUAAGGCUCUCUCAGUAAGCCGAAGCGACUAUAAAUUUUGUCAUAUCCUUCCCAUGGCUAUAUUUGUCCAUGGUAAACUCUUUUGAAAUUCACCUUGUCGGAACAUACGAUGGCCCAUAGGUGCCGUCCCAAUAUUCUUGCAACCCAUACAAAUUUUAUUCCGUUAAAUUGUUUACCCCGUGAUAAUUUGGGACAUGUAAUGGACCCUUUGCAGAGAAGCACUCAGGGUCUUUGCCGUACAGCAGGGUGUUCUUGUACCAUGUGACCGAUUGACAUUUGACAACCAGGGCCCGGUUCCUGAAAGGCCGAUUAACGUGAAUCCCGGACUAACAUUUUGUUCCGUUUUUGUAUUUUUUCAUUUCUAUGCAUUGCUUAGGGUAAAAUUUUGUGUUACCAUUACUAUUUCUCGUAGUAAAGACUCGACAGUAUUUUGUAACCUCGAGUUGCAUGUUCUUAGACGACAAAACUUUGCGUGAUUUUUGGCUUAAUUCUGGGUUUAAAGUUAACCAUCUUUCGAGGAACCGGGCCCAGAAAAUAACAAAAGGAACCCUUUGAAACCGGGUGAAUAAUCACGUGUGCAUGCUCUUUUUCGAACAGGCGCUGUUUAUGUUCUGCGGUAUCAUCACGUGCUGUUACUUCUGCUGCUGUUGUUUCUUUUGUUGUAAUUUCUGCUGUGGUAAGUGUAAGCCAGUUCCCGAUGAACAGUGGGAAGAAUUCGAAUUUGAUGACGUCAAAGACGACGAUGAACCAAUAACGACGCAACCAGGAAGCAACGGAAAUCACACGAGUUCCGAGCAGCCGAAGUCGCCUGGCGUUGAUAGCGCGACCAGCAACAGCACGGCUAAUUCCGCUAUCCCCAUGACCUCGUCGUGAAUGACGGUGCAUCUUAGAUAGGGGAAUGGGGAGUGGAAUUGCUUGUGUCUGGCGGCCAUGGUGAAUUUCUGAAACUUAAUAGACUGAGGGAAAUUUUUGGCUCGUAAACAAAAAGUGUCAAAACUAUUUAUUUGUAAUACUAUGGAUGUUUAUUGACCUUGGAAUUGAGUACUUGUAUAUUAAAAAUCUAGUCUUAACGUCCACAAAAUAUAAAACAUUAAAACCAUAUUAGAGAAGACUGGAUAUGAAGGCCGGCAAACAUCAAAAAUGAAAUUGGGGUGCUGAAGUUCAUGUUGGACGGUCAGUUCUUAUUGUUUACGAAGUGUUUCGCCUCGCUUGUCAGUCGCGUAGUUGGUUUGUUUUAUAUUACGCGACUGACAACCGACGCGAACGACUUCGUAAACGCUAAAAGCCAUGCAAGAAAGAAACCUCUGCUCGCAGGGUAAGUCCGGCGGACCCUUUAAGUCCCAAUAGUGACCAACAUCAAUUUUCUCCUAACAAUUUUCAUAGAUUGUCAAGAGAUUAGGUUAUGAAAAUUAAUAAAAUGAUCACUUAAGAGAAAAUACUGUGAUCUUUUAUCAACUUCUCUAAACUCAUUCUUUACGAAAUAUAUAGAGAUCAGUUUGGAGAAUUUGUAUGUGGAUAUCGGGACUUAAAGGGUUAACUGUGCUGAAACUUAUGACCCAACAGCGAUUAUAGACCAAUUGUUGUCACGUCACUAAAAACACGAGUCAUAAGACGACUUCGAUUAGUCUCUGUUUUUGCUGAUGAAGACUGCGAGAUGUCGUAGAUGGCUUCACUGCGAUGACAGUUGUGAACCUUGAGACUAGAUUUAAUAUACAAGGGUUUAUUUGUGGUUAGUGAGAGGUGAUUGUGUUCAGCGAGACUGUUAUUGGGUAGCCUGUGUUUAGUUUUAGUUUCGUCUGCGACGCGAGUCACUUAUUGGGCUAUGACUAUAUAAUUAUUUAAUUUGCGGCAUAAUUAACGUUUAGAAUGAGAAUAAUAUAAGCUGGGACGAGCGCAGCUGGUAAUCAUUAUUCAGGGAUUGAAAAAAGUGAGACUUCAAGGAGCGACCUUGGGAAGAGAAAUUACCGGUUGCGAAGACUCAAGAAACAUUUUUGAGAGUGCAAACAGUAAUUUGAUAAAAUUUAUCCACACAGGCCUUUAGCCUGAGAAAACAGCCGACGUUUCGCGAUGCCAUCACGCGUUUCCCCGCGAAAUGACGUCAGGGAAACGAGUACAAAAAUUCCUUAAUGAUGACGCGUCACUACUCAGGUCUACAAUCUUGGACAAAAUAAAAUGGAACAGCAAACCCCCAUCCCCCCCAAAUCAAGGAUGAAGGCGCGCGAAGGGCAAAAACACGUCAUUUUCCCAUCCCUAAUUUGGGGGGAAGGGGGGGUCUAGGUUUUCCAUUUAUUUUGUUCAAGAUUAUCUUGGACAAAAUAAAAAGGAACAGCAAACCCCCAUCCCCCCCAAAUCAAGGAUGAAGGCGCGCGAAGGGCAAAAACACGUCAUUUUCCCAUCCUUAAUUUGGGGGGGAGGGGGGGUCCAGGUUUUCCAUUUAUUUUGUCCAAGAUUAUCUUGGACAAAAUAAAAAGGAACAGCAAACCCCCAUCCCCCCCAAAUCAAGGAUGAAGGCGCGCGAAGGGCAAAAACACGUCAUUUUCCCAUCCUUAAUUUGGGGGGGAGGGGGGGUCUAGGUUUUCCAUUUAUUUUGUCCAAGAUUGUAGGUAGUGCUUCUGAUUGAUUGAAGCAAAUUUUCAACCACUCAGACGCACUACCCAGAUUAAGAUAUUAGGCUGAUUUAGCAACAGAGCGGGAACGUCAAUUGACAACGGCGCCCGCAAAACAAACAACUGACUUGACCAAUGGCAGAGCGGCAAAUUGGGCACCGGAAGUCGAGUUUAGUCCUUUCCGCGCGCUUUCCCGUGGUCAACUGACGUUCCCGUCCUGUUGAUAAAUCAGCCUAUUGACUCGUCUACAGUAUGAAAUUUCUCUACUCGUUUCUCAGACGUCAUCUCGCAGGGUAAUCAAUGGUGGCGUCGCGAGAUGUCGGCUGUUUUAACAGCCUCAGAAGCCUUCUGUAAUUUAUUGUACGCGAUGAAGAAAGUGUACAUCCUUGUUUCUUUGACUCAAUGAUGGCAACUUUUUCAUCAUGGCCGUCAACACGCAAAAAUUUGCAUGAAUUAGCUUUAGAAAUUAAGCCAGUCUCGUAUUGAUAGGCAAAAUUAUUCCUUGGCAUCCUUUUUUAUUCCAAUGUUUUUCCUCCUAUUGAUCACAGAAGUAUUUAUGUCAUGGUUUGGGCGUUUCCUGCCUUUUAUACUAAGUUCCAAUGAUGUCGUAUUUACAUUGCCUGGCAAGUCUGUUGCUUUACGAAGGCUACAUAACAUAACAUAACAUAACCUUUAUUAAAGUGUCUUGUCGUUCUAGUGCCUAUUGACACGAAUUUUUACGGGAUAAGUUCGGAAACAAAAAAGGAGCUAAAUUAAAUCAUUAACGCAGAAACUAAUUGAGGCCUAUAUCCUGGACACUACCAAAUUUAUAUUGCUGAGUCUGUUUAAAAGACGACUAUCUUUUCAACCAAACCACAGCCCAAUGGGGCUUCCAUGUCCACUUUACGUCCGUCGCUUUACGUGGAUAAGUUCGGAAACAGAUAAUAGGGAGUCGCUUAGCAACCACCACGACGACAAAAACGAGAACGUCUUAAAACCUAUAAAAGUUUAACCCUUUAAAUCCUAAGAUCAAAAUUUGAAUUCUUAUUUGUUGCCCCUAUUCAUUUCCUACAGAAGUAGUGGGGAGAAGUUGAUAAAAUAUCAAGCAAAUUCAUCUUGUGUGAUUAUGUCCGUAAUUCUCACGACCACUCCGAUUUACAAAGUAUUGAAAUUACAAGGAGAAAUUUGAUGCUGAUCACUCUUAGGGCUUGAAGGUUUAAUGAGUAAAACAACAACUGCAUAUUUAUCACUAUAUUUGUUGCAUUUCUUAGUCAUCGCACAGCUCCGGCCUGAAAUUUCAUUGACUUCACGUUUUAUGGACGUAAAUGCACAACAACGACUUUCUAUUUUCUUUUUCCGAACUUAGUCACGGCCCUUUAUACUACUACAUGAGAAAUUUCUGCAAUGUGAUUGGUUUAGAGCAGUGGUAUUUCAGCUUAAUUUGAAAUACCUACAUGUGAAAAUUACAAACCUUUUGCGGGUAGUAGUAGAAACAAAUAAUAGCAUGAUUUGUACGUGAUAUUUGGCAUAAAUACCAC